AUGGCGACUUACGCGAAGACCUCGUUCAACGCAGCGCGCUACGCAGCUGCGCGUCCAACAUAUCCCCGCCAGCUAUAUGACCUCCUCUUCCGCUACCACGAGCGCGGCCCCGGCGCACGAUGGGAUACUGCACUCGACUUGGGCUGUGGUACCGGCCAAGCGACGCUCGAGCUGGUCCCAUUCAAGAACAUCAUCGGCGCCGACCCGUCUGCGACGAUGAUCGCGCAAGCAACGAAGAAGUUCGCAGCGCAAGGUGCGGACGUGCAGCUGGGUCUCGCCGAUCGUGUGCGCUACGUGCAGAGUCCGGCGGAGGAGCUAGGUUGGUUGGAGGACGGGAGUGUGGACAUGAUCGUUUCCGGUGAGCACCGCACACCCAUAUCUCGUCACUCGUCGAACUAUACUUUUGUCGAACCGACGACUAUGCCCACCUAUCUAUGGAAGAGCCUACCGCUGACUUCUUCCCAUCAAAUAGCCCAGGCAGCCCACUGGUUCGACUGGACGCGCCUCUGGCCCGAGGCCGCGCGCGUUCUGCGCAAAGGCGGGAGUCUCGCCGUCUGGGGCUACUCUGAGUUCCGACUCACGGACCACCCCUCGUGCACACCUCUCAUCCACACGUAUGUCCAUGGCAGCGACGCGCGCACGACUAUCGGGCCGUACUGGGAGCAGCCAGGGCGCAACAUCCUCGACGAUCACCUACGCCCAAUCCCCGAGCCCAGCGCGGUAUGCGGGCCUGGCGUGUGGGCGGAGAGCGAACGAGUCUACUUUGCCGGGUCCCACCAUCCCCAUCUGCCAAACCCGCGCCAAGUGAUCAUGCGCAAGAAGACGACAUGGGGGGGUAUGCUGGGCUACUUGCGAACGUUUUCGGCGCUGCACACUUUCCUGGAGCGCUACCCAGAGGACAAGGAGCACCCAGAGGGGGACGUGGCAGUGCGGUUCUGGAAGGCAUUGCGUACUCAGGUAGCUCGGGACAAAGGGAUCGAUGACGCGUCUGCUGGUAGUGAAGACGACGAAGUUGAAAUAGAGUGGCCGUUGGCCAUUGUGAUGGCAAGACGGGCUGCCGUCUGA